CAUCAGGGUGAAGAUCUGAUGAACGUAAAAGUUAAAGCUGAAGUAGAAGAAACGUAUGUGAGGGAUGAUCAGCAAUCUAUGGAGGAGGCUGGAAUGACGAGGACAUUCAUAGAGGAGGACACUCCUACACAGAUCAGCACAGGACAAGCCAUGGAGAAACCCUCAAAGGAUUAUCUCACGUUAUCUCGAGUUUGUAAAGUGGAAGAUGAGGACAUGACCCAAGACUGGGCAUUACAAAAGACAAUGAGCUCCACUAUGGAUGGAGGACUUCACAGUGUGGAUAGACCAUGGAAUCCCUCUGACUCUGAGCACCCUCGUACUGUGAGGGGUGGGGCCGGAAUUCAGGGGGAGGAAAACAUUUCCUGCCCCGAAUGUGGGGAAAGUUUUAGCUCAGAAUUAGAUCUUUCUGUACAUCAGAGAUCUCACAUGGGGGAGAACCUUCAUUCUUGCCCUGAAUGCAGGAAAUAUUUUUCGCAGGCAUCCAACCUUUUCGGAGAUCAGAGAUUCCACGCGGGUGAAAAGCCAUAUUCUUGUUCUCAAUGUGGGAGAUUUUUUCCACAGAAAUCAGACCUUGUUAUACAACCAGUAUCUUACAGUGGGGACAGCCAGUAUUCCUGCCCUGAGUGUGGGAAAUGUUUUUCAAAGAAGAAUAAGCUAUCCGCUCAUCAGAGAUUGCACAUGGGCGGUAGACCAACUUGUUCUGAGUGCGGGAGAUGUUUUCAACGGAAUUCAGACCUUGUAAUACAUCAAAGAACUCACACGGGUGAGAAGCCGUAUCCCUGUUCUGAGUGCGGGAAAUGUUUUGCACGGAAGUACCAUCUUAACACGCAUCAGAUGUCUCACACAGGUGAGAAGCCGUAUUCCUGUUUUCAGUGCGGGAAUCGCUUUUCACGGAAGUUCAAUCUUAAAACACAUCUGCUGUCUCACACGGGCGAGAAGCCGUAUUCCUGCCCUGAGUGCGGGAAAAGUUUUUCACAGAAGUCUUAUCUCAACAAACAUCAGAGAUCCCACACAAUCUUCAGGAUUUAUUAGUGUCCUAAGCGUGGGGAAAUAUCUUCUUUAUGGAUCAUAUUUUGCCGUACAUCAGAGAUCUCACACUGGGAAGACGCUCACCUUGAUAUACACCUCAGAAAACACGUGGCUGAGCGUUCCUCUGAUCUCCAUCAUGGAAGAAACACUUUAUAAGUAAAUCAGAGAUCACUAAAGACUUCAAAGUUCUGUCUGGUCUACUCUACAAUGAGAGAGAAGGAGGGGGUGUCACUGCCGGUUGGGUUCCUCUAGGAGACA